AUGGGAGUGACUGAUCUGUGGCAAAUCCUUGAGCCUGUGAGACAACCUGUCAGCUUGAGCAGUCUCAGAGGAAAAACGCUUGCUGUGGAUUUAAGUCUGUGGGUUUGUGAAGCACAGGCCGUCAAAAAGAUGAUUGGAGUAGUUACCAGGCCACAUCUGAGAAACCUGUUUUUUCGGUUCUCUUUCUUAACAUCAAUGGGAAUUAAACUAGUGUUUGUCAUGGAAGGAGAGGCCCCCGAGUUGAAAGUGGACACCAUGAGUAAGAGGAACGAGAUGCGCUAUGGACCUUCAGAGAAAGCUGGACCUGCAAGAACAGGGAGAUCUUUAUUUAAAGCCAUGUUGAAAGAGUGUCUUGAACUGCUGGAUUGUUUAGGUGUCCCUUGGGUUCAAGCAGCCGGGGAAGCAGAGGCCAUGUGUGCCUACCUAAAUGCAGAAGGACGUGUUGAUGGCUGCAUCACGAAUGAUGGAGAUGUCUUCUUAUAUGGCGCUCAAACAGUGUAUAGGAACUUUGCCGUGAAUGCUAAGGAGCCACUUCUUGACUGUUACACAAUGUCCGCUAUUAAGGAGAAGCUUGGUUGUGACAGAGAGUCUUUGAUUGGGCUAGCUGUUCUUCUGGGUUGUGAUUAUCUUCCGAAGGGCGUUCCAGGAGUUGGGAAAGAAAAAGCUUUAAAGUUAAUUGGGAGUUUGAGAGGUCAAAACUUACUGCAAAGGUUUGAGCAAUGGAAGGAACAAUUUCAUUGUGAUAAUAAUCCACCUUUGUAUGCUAAAAGGGUAAUUCACUGUUCCAAGUGCCAUCAUCCAGGAUCUUCUAAGGAACAUGAGCACCAUGGAUGUAAAGUCUGUGAAAGCACUAGGUACUGCAAACCCACUGACUCCAAAUACUGCCCUUGUGAAUGGCAUCAGCUGGAGCGAGUGAAACAAGCAAGUGCAGUGGAAGACAAUAUCAAAAAAAAAGCUAUCAGUUGUGAGGGCUUUCCAUUCUCUGAGGUUAUCCAAGAAUUUCUUGUAAACAAGAAUAAAUUGGUCAAGAUAAAGGAAU